ACACCCCCCCCUCUCUCUCUCUAGCCCCUCUCUCUCUCUCUCCUCUGCCCCCAUUUUCACCAUUUCCGCUGCUCUGUAAACAAAUCAAAAGCAGAGGAAAAAGAUAAGAAAAAUCAAAUAGAAAAUGAGGGAAUAGAAUCUCAACAGCUCCUUCUCUCUCCUCUCCCACAGAAAGAGAGUCCACAAUGGACUUUCAAUGAGUGACUUAGAUCUCUCUCACAUAUGAUAUGAUACACAGACCAUAUGUUGUGUAUAUACAUAUAUAGCUUUGUAUAUGUAUAUGCACUUUGAGUCCUAAUGGCAUCGUCAUCAUCAACACUCACAGCAGAGCAACCUAACACAGAGGUGUUUUCAUGGCUGAAAAACCUACCUUUGGCUCCAGAGUACCACCCAACCCUAGCAGAGUUCCAAGAUCCGAUUGCCUACAUUUUCAAGAUCGAGAAAGAGGCCUCCAAGUAUGGUAUCUGCAAAAUCGUCCCUCCAGUGCCUGCUCCACCGAAGAAAACCGCAAUUGCGAACCUUACGCGGUCGCUAGCCGCCCGGUCCGCGAGCUCCGGUGACCCCAAAGCCUCUCCCUCAUUCACCACCAGGCAGCAGCAGAUCGGGUUCUGCCCUCGGAAGCACCGCCCGGUCCAGAAAUCGGUGUGGCAGAGCGGUGAGCGAUAUACUCUGCCGCAAUUCGAAGUGAAAGCCAAGUAUUUCGAGAGGACCAUAUUCAAGAAGAGCUCGAAGAAGGCACCGUCGGCGUUGGAAAUCGAAACCCUUUAUUGGAAGGCUUGUGGGGACAAACCCUUUUCGGUGGAGUAUGCGAAUGACAUGCCAGGGUCUGCAUUUGUGCCGUUGAGUGGGAGGAAGAGUAGGGAAACAGGGGAUGGAGUCACUGUUGGUGAGACUGCGUGGAACAUGAGAGGGGUGUCUAGGGCAAAAGGGUCUCUGUUGAGGUUCAUGAAAGAGGAAAUUCCGGGCGUAACGUCGCCAAUGGUGUACAUUGCAAUGCUGUUUAGCUGGUUUGCUUGGCAUGUGGAGGAUCAUGACUUGCAUAGCUUGAAUUAUUUGCAUACGGGGGCAGGGAAGACUUGGUACGGCGUACCGAGGGAAGCUGCCGUUGCGUUCGAGGAGGUGAUCAGGGUUCAAGGCUAUGGAGGAGAGAUCAAUCCUCUUGUGACUUUUGCUGUUCUUGGUGAAAAGACCACAGUCAUGUCACCAGAGGUACUUGUUAGUGCUGGGGUUCCAUGUUGCAGAUUGGUGCAAAAUGCUGGAGAAUUUGUUGUCACUUUCCCGAGAGCCUAUCAUUCAGGAUUUAGUCAUGGAUUUAAUUGUGGGGAGGCAGCUAAUAUUGCGACUCCUGAGUGGUUGAGGGUUGCAAAAGAUGCUGCAAUUCGUAGAGCUUCAAUUAAUUGCCCACCUAUGGUUUCUCAUUUCCAGUUGCUUUAUGAUCUUGCAUUAUCUUUAUGCUCGAGGGUACCUACGAGCAUCAGUAAUGAACCUCGGAGUUCUAGAUUGAAAGAUAAGAAGAAGGGUGAAGGAGAAGCCCUGAUUAAAGAGCAAUUUGUACAGGAUGUAAUACAGAACAACGAUCUGCUUCAUAAACUUGGGAGAGGAUCUUCAAUUGUAGUUCUUCCCCCAAACUCUUCAGAUGAGUCUGUUUGUUCAGAUUUACGUGUUGGGUCUGAAUUGAAAGUAAAAUCCAGGUUUCCCCUUGGUUUAUGCAGUCUGAAGGAAGAAAUAAAAGCCCCCAAAAGUUCAAUUUUCGAUGAUAACAAGUUAAACAGGAAACAUGGGUUUGGGGAAUUGGGUUUCUACUCGAUGAAGGGAAAUUUUUCUUCGUUGUGUCAAGGGAACAGAGAUCCUUUAUUAAGUGGGAAUGAUGAUGUACGCACUUCAACUUUUCAGGUCCGUGACCCAGAUACUGAAAGAAAGAGAAUUGCUGAAACUAAUAAAUUAUCGGGUCAGCGGUUGUUUUCAUGCGUCACUUGUGGGAUUUUAAACUUUUCUUGUGUUGCCAUAAUUCAACCCAGAGAAGCAGCUGCUCAUUACCUCAUGUCAGCUGAUUAUAGCAUCUUUAAUGAUCAGGAUGUUGAUUCUGAACUACCUAGUGAUGAUUUUACUGCUGCUAGUGCAAAUGCAAAUGCUUCUCCGCUGAAUUCUCGUUCUGGAUGGAUGGAAAAGAGCAAUGCAGAUGGUUUAUUUGACGUCCCAAUACAAUCUGCUGGCCAAAUUCAAACUGUUGACCGUAGUAUGGAGAUGGUUUCAAAUUCUGAUACAGAGAGAGACUCUUCUGCCCUUGGCCUAUUGGCUUUGACUUAUGGUAAUUCUUCAGACUCUGAGGAAGAUGAGAUCGAAGCAGAUAUUCCUGUCUAUGCAAAUGAAAUUCAAUCGGGAGAUCAUUCACCGGAAAGAAGACUUCAUUGUGAUAAUACUGGAUUGCCUUCUGUAAAGCUUCAGAGAGGAACAACUGGCUGUCGCAGUCUCCCCUCUUCAAGAUUUGGUUGUGCCGAUGAAGUUCCGGUCCAGAGUAUUGAUUCUCAUGUGGAGUAUGGAUCCACAAGCUCUAGUUUUGGAGAUAGAAGUUAUCGAACUUUUGACUGCUCUGUUGAGUUUGAAACUGAUGAUAGUGCUUCUAUCGAUACAAAUAGCUUACGGGGUAGGUUUCAACAUCAAAUGAAAUUAUCACCUGCUGCCCCAAAUUGUUUCCCAGUUGCCCAUAGGGCUGGAACGACUAUUGGUACUGCCAAUACAUCAAUCAAGAACACAACUGUGUCAUUUGCUCCUAGGUCAGAUCAAGAUUCUUCUAGAAUGCACGUCUUUUGUCUUCAGCAUGCUGUAGUAGUAGAACAGCAACUUCGCCCAAUUGGUGGAGCACAUUUGUUACUCCUUUGUCAUCCAGAUUAUCCUGAGCUAGAGGCUGAAGCAAGGUUAGUUGCAGAAGAACUGGGAAUAGAGUCUCUCUGGAAUGAUACUGAAUAUAGAGACACAACCGAGGAAGAUGAAGAAAGGAUACAAUCAGCUCUAGAUGGUGAGGAAGCCAUACAUGGGAAUGGUGACUGGGCUGUAAAGCUAGGCAUCAAUCUCUACUACAGUGCAAACCUUAGCCGCUCUUCUCUUUACAGUAAGCAGAUGCAUUACAACACCAUUAUAUACAGUGCAUUUGGACGCAGUUCUCCAGCUAACACCCGAACCAAACUUGAGGUUUAUGGGAUGAGUUCAGGCAAACAUAAGAAAGUAGUAGUGGCUGGGAAAUGGUGUGGGAAAGUCUGGAUGUCAAAUCAGGUUCAUCCUUUGUUAGCAGAAAGGUAUCCUGAAGAAGAAGAACAAGAGAGAGGCUCUCAUUCUAGGGCAAAGGCUAAUGUUAAGCUUGAGAGACAUUCAGAAAGUACUUACAAUACUGAAACAGUUGUUACAACUAGCAAGACUGGGAGGAAGAGGAAGAAUGCAGUAGAAAGUGGGUCGAUCACGAAAGCUAAAUGCCUGAAAACAGAGGAUCCAAUUAGAGCUUCAGAUGAUCCACCAGAGGAGAAUCCUCCUCUUCUGCAAUAUAAAAGAAAUCUUAGAAACAAGCAGAUGAAACAAGAGACCCCUCAGCCUCGAAAAAAUUGUGACCGCAUUACAAGACAGUUUGACAUGCAAAUUGAUGAUGAGCUGGAAGGUGGACCUAGCACACGCCUGAGGAAAAGAACCUCAAAGCCCUCCAAAAUUAUUGCAGCAGUCAAACCGGAAGGCAAAGCGAUAAAAAAGACACAGACAAGUAGUAAGAAACAAAAGAAAUCUCCAGCUGUGAAGGCUCCGGCAUUCCCUAACAACAAAAAGGCAAAAGAUGAUGAAGGAGAAUACCAAUGCGAAAUGGAGGGUUGCACCAUGUCUUUUGGCUCGAAACAAGAGCUUCUGCUGCAUAAACGAAACAUCUGCCCAGUCAAGGGGUGCGGAAAGAAGUUCUUUUCUCACAAGUAUCUGGUGCAACACCGGCGUGUUCAUAUGGAUGACCGCCCCCUAAAGUGCCCUUGGAAAGGCUGCAAGAUGACAUUCAAGUGGGCGUGGGCUCGAACUGAACACAUUAGAGUUCACACAGGUGCUCGUCCUUAUGCUUGCAAUGAGGCAGGCUGUGGUCGGACAUUUCGGUUUGUAUCAGAUUUCAGUCGUCACAAAAGGAAGACUGGUCACUCGGCAAAGAAGGGCAGGGGAUGAAUUGAAAGAAAAGGGAUGUAAUUUAACAUGGCUGAUGCAACUGUUAAAAUGAUGACAGGUAGGGGUAAGUUUAGGAUUAAGGUUUCCCGUAAUUUUUCUUCAGAGUAGAGUUAAUUCUGUUUUCCCCUGAAUCUUCAUUGGAACCAUUAAUUCAACCCAAGCAAUUGCUUGGAUCUUGGAACUGAACCAUCUCCAAUGGGAUGUUCUCAUGCAAAAUUCGUUAUUAAAUUGGAAAUGAAGAUGACUGCUGCUUGUCUGCAUAAUGCAUUUGGUGCAAUGCUGAAAAUGAACUCUCAACUGUUGGAUUUAUAUGGUGCAUCACUUUCAUAUGCAGGUCAACUUUCUUAUUGAUAUGUUUUCAGAAUUACAAGGGGUGUUUGAUUGCCCUUUUUCUUUUCUC